AUGAUUGGGACUGAAACGGAUCUUGACUUCUUUCAGGCUUUUUCUCUUUUCACUGAUAAUUUGGCUCUAAUAAAUCAACUUGUAUCUACGCCUGGUCCAGAAGCAUAUGAAUCCUUACACAAACAAAACUCGAAUUAUCACGAUACUGGACAAGCAAUAAUAGAUGAUUGUUACAAUGUCUUUUUCAAUUCCAUUGCAGCCAAAACAUUGCAUAAGCAAUCAACUUUUCUUAAUAACAUAGUUCAGAACUUUAGGAAUUCACUGCAAGUUUUUCGGGACAUUACGCCAAAAUAUCUAUCUCCUGUAGGAGCUUCAGUAAAUUCAGGAGCACCAAUAACUCCACCGGAAACUUUUCGGGACCUAUCAUCAUUGUUGGAAACUCCUAAAAGAGACCAUUUGAGAAAGUGGAGCCUCAACAAGAAUCUGGCAGAGGACAUAGGAGUAGAUCUCGCUAGGGAGUUGUUAACUGUGCGAGAUAUAAAUCUUGAAGUAUGGACACCUAUGUUAGAGAAUUAUAAUAAUACCGUCCUUGGAGGAAAUGAUGGAAUUUUUAAAGCACAGGACAAAGUAUCGGACGCUGGGGAUAAUAUUUUCCAAUUAUAUU